AUGCCCGCCAUGGAUGUUAGAAAGUCUGGCAAGUACAGCCCACCGAAUCUUUCCCAAUCGAGGGUCGAAGAACUCCGACUUGACAACCAUGUUGUUGAAGAAACGCUCUCUGAGGACUUGCCAUCUAGCCUCAGCGAGAAGAACCCACCAGAGAACGAAAGCACAGGCAACUCAAAAGGCUACGAUUCACGAUACUUGGGCAGCGUCAAUGGGAGCUCGUCAGAGCACGGCGCCCCGGAAGCAUCGGAACUGCCUCCUAAUGGCAGUCCUCAUACGGGUAUCCCCAGCCUGCAUGAGAGAGCCCGGCAAUCAGUCCUCUCACCCUGGCUUUCCGACAUCUACCGUCUCCUGGUCUCCAUCCUUCUCCUCGCCGCUAUUUACGCAGUCCUCCUUUCACAAAAUCAUAAGCUUCAACGAGAUUGGAACAUCCACAUUACCCUCAACUCCAUCGCCAACAUUCUCUCGACAUUCUUGCGAGCGUCAAUCGCCACCGUCGCCGCGGAGAUCAUCUGCCAGACGCGCUGGACGUGGUUCUGGUCUGUCAGGUCAUCAGAUCCACAUCGCCGCAUGUUGGAUCUGCAGCACUUCACCAACGGCAGCAGAGAUGCGUUUGCGGCCUUGCAGCUCGCGAAACUUGUCAAGUGGCGCAGCCCCUUGACGCUCAUGGCGACCAUUAUCUUUGCAGCAUCCUUCGCGAUUGGCCCUUUUGUUCAGCAGGCCAUCAAGACCGUCGAGCGUUCUGUGCCGGAGGCCGGGAAGCCUGCCAGUAUUCCCAUAGCACGAAACAUCAGCGCCGAGCCUUACUUCCUUGGAGAGUCCUCCGUUGUGCUGAAGGCUAGUACCGUCAACGCCUUACAAGCUGCUCUGUUGAAUCCCAGUGGUAUCAAAAUCGUGCCAAAUUGUCCCACUGGUAACUGCACUUUUACUGGGUUGAACUCGGGCGUGGCAAUUGCUUUAAUUGGGGAGAUCACACAUGCCUCUGCUGGAAUAUGUGCGGAGUGCACCGACGUCAGCGCUUUAAUUGCAGCAACAUUCGAUGAGUCGACUAAGAACCUGUCUUUGCCUAACGGCAUGGAACUCUCUCUAUCUCAAGGGUAUGAAACGGAAAUGAUCUUCCGACCGGGCGACCUCUCGUGGGCCGCCGGCGUUAUGUCGGAAAAUGCGCGCUCCCUCGCCGGUCUGGCGCUGUCCAACACAACAGUCCUUGCCGUAGAGAAAGCGAGCAGCGAUGGGCACAAUAAGUCUACUGCCGACUCCUUGGCUUUGUCGUGCUCGUUCUACGCGUGCUUGCGCAGCUACUCCGGCAUGGUUCAGGGGACGGAGUUGAGGGAGGAACUUCUGUCCCAGGUUCCCAUGCGCAAACCUGUUUCCAAUGAUACUACAGGUUAUUCCGCUCCUCUUUCGCCCUGUUUGGAAGAUGAUAGAAACUUCACCGCGGAAGCUAUCGCGGAGGGCCGCGAUCUGACCUCGUCAUGGGCUCCCCAGAAAUGCUUCUACGGCAUCUCAACGGUCCUCGCGACCAGACUCGGACCAUUCUUAGAUGAUACGUACAACGCGACAUGCCUUUGGUGCGAAGACCAGCUCUGGCUUUCGGACAUUUGGAGCAUGGCCGACCGGUUCACGGAGCUUUCUACCGCCCUGACUAACCAGUUCCGACUAGGACUAGGCGAUCCUGCCGGAUCUCAGGCAAAAGUCGAUGGCCAAGCCCUUCAGCAUAGGCAAUACUACUAG